CGCGGCGGUGUGAAAAUUGAACGAAGCUCGAGCCCAGAAUUCACAAUCGAAUCGGAGAUAUACUUCCCCCAUAAAGCCAUAAACAGAUUUGAAAAGAAACCCCAAGACAGAAUGAAGUUCGUUAUAUUGCUGUGCGUGCUGAGUGCGCUGCUCCUCCAGAUCGAGGCCUCGCCGGUGCAGCUGCUGUCCAGGAGCGAGCGGGCGGUGGCCCGCCAGCAGGCGGUCAACAACGAUGUGGCCCCGGCCGCGGCCCCGGCCAGCGACGAUGACGACGAAGAUGAUGACGAGGACGACGAUGAUGAUGAGCCGGAUCUAGGAGAUCUGAUCGAUGACGAUGACGAUGAUGAUGAGGAGGAGGACGAUGACGACGAGGAGGAGGACGACACGCCACAGGGACAGGCUGCCCCAGCGGCCACGGCCAGCGAUGAUGACGAGGAGGACGACGAUGACGAUGAUUAUCUGGACAGGCUGUUCGACGACAUCCUGGGAGAUGAUGAUGAUGAGGACGACGAUGACGAGGUCGCUCCCGCUGCCAGUGCCCAGCAGAGCUCCGUUGCCGCUUCGCCAGCCCAGGCCUUGGAGGAAGUGGCUCCCGCCGCCUCCUCGGUCAGCUCCGGCAUCUCCGAUGGCGUGGAUCUGCCCGCCGAGUCCGGCAACGCUGUUGAGGCCGCCGCCUCCGGCAACGCCGCCGAGGACAUUUCCGCAGCCGCAGCGGCAGCCCCCGCCACGGCAGCCUCCGGCAGCAGCAGCAACAACGAAGGUAUAGCCGGCGACGACGACGAGGAGGCCGACGAUGAUGAGGACGACGACGAUGAUGAUAUCAUUGGGGACGAUAUCAUCGAGGCCCGGCGCGAAGCACGUGAGUCCAAGCCCAAGUCAGCAACAGCCUCAAAAACAGCCAAAGUCAAGAAAUCUACAAGUCCCUCGAAGAAGACCAAAAAAGAGCUCAAGCAUUAA